GUCACGGCCGAGCAACACGUAGCUCGAGAGGGGUUCUUUGCGGUCCACAUCCGCCUGUCCAGUCACAAGCCGUGUUGGAGGCUGACAAAACGCCAGCGGGGCUAUACCUAGGUUAUAAUAACUUGUUAUUAACGUCAAUUUCUGCGGUGUAUAAGCAAAUCGGAACAGCAGAAUGGUGGCUAAACAGAGGAUCCGCAUGGCAAAUGAGAAGCACAGUAAAAACAUCACACAGCGAGGGAAUGUUCCUAAAAGUUCGAAAUCAACACCAGACGAAAAAUCAUCAGUUGGUCCCUGGCUAUUGGCACUUUUCAUUUUUGUUGUUUGUGGAUCAGCUAUCUUCCAGAUUAUCCAGAGUAUCCGAAUGGGCAUGUGAGAUGGACAAAAUUAAACUUCUGUACCUUUUAAGUGUCUUGCUGUUAAUUCCAGCUGUGAGUCUGACCAUUCCAGCCCAUCUGUCUUCUAAACAAUGGAUCUUACAGGAUUACCUUUCUGUAAUUGCUUUUGAGAAACCAUUCCAUGGUGUUGCUAAAAGUCCAGUUCAUUCCUUCAUGUCUCCUGAAGGCAAGGGUACAGUAAAAGCCAUGCAGCAAUUUGAUUUUGUAUUUUAAUCAGGGAAACAGUUUGUAAGUUCAUAUUUAAUGUGAAUAUUUUAGCAUUAUAUAUAGUGUGUAGAUUGUGAGAACCCUAUUUGUGCAUUCAGAAUUUUGUUCUCAUUUUUUCACAACCAUCAGAAUUGUAGAGAAGAUGGAUCUGCUGCCUGCCCCCUUUUGAGAUACAAAAUGUGCAUCUUUCUAAAUUAAAUUUAUAAUUCCAGAAAAGUGCCUUUUUUUGUAUAUUAAAACAUACAACCAUUUUAAGACUUGGAUGGGAAUGAUUUUUGAAGGUUAAUUGAUUUUUGGUUCUUUUCUUUUGAAACAAGUGAUCUUUCUAAAGUCUUUUCGUAUCUGGAACAAAUUAUGGUCAGACUUUUUGGGGGGAAGGGAGUGACGAGUUUAAGUUUUAAUUGAACCUAGGUAUCCAGGAAUUGAAGUACCUCUAUGCUUUGAUCUAGAACUUUUCCCAUCCACCUUGAGCAAGCACAGCUGGUUCAAAGUUGUUCACAAGGCAGUUUCUUCUCUGUGGUAAUUAAACAAUCAAAAUACAAUAUGCUUCUUCAUCGUCAACACUAUGGUCUGGAACUAUUGUCAAUCACGGCAUGAUGACGUUGCCAUAUUUCUUGGCCACCUGUUGCUGCUUUGUCUUAUCAGGGCCAAUCGAUUUGUGUUUGAUUGUAAGCAACUGCAGCAUUUGUCACCCAAAUAAAUAUAUUUUUGCUUGAUUUGGAUGAUGUGCUCAUUUUCAAACCUCGCUUUCUUCAAAUACAAAUGACUUUUCAGAACAGUUAUUGUAAUGAUUACCUUCAAGUGCUAUUCAUUAUUACUAAGAGUCUUAUAACCUUUGGGCCAUGGCAGGUGAAUAUAGUUGUCCUCCAUCUCAAAUCGUGUGUAAACUAUCUUUUUUAAGAUGUGGAUGUAGGAAUUUCAGUGAGAGCUAGUUACAGAGCAAUGAUGCUGUAGCCACGAAAGCCUGCAGACCUAAAGAAUGUUGCAUUGGCUCUUGCUCCAUUAGUAAAGCAAUCAACAGAUGGGAAACCUGCCAGUGAAGUAGUUUCUCUUCCCAUCUGAGGUGUUUCCGAAGAGAGCGGGGAAUCAGUGGUAUUGCCAAAAUCGAUCUUCAAAAUGCUAUUGUCUUAACAUGUUGCUGCCAUGGGAACCUGAGGCCAGUGUUUUGUAACAGAAAUGCAAUAAAAUUACAUCUCAAAUUA